AUGUCUUUGGGACCCGCUGCUGCAACUGCUGCUUGGAUCAAAAAAUUCAAGAAAGAUGUUGAGAAGCUAAAAGGUGAAUUACGGAAUGAGGUGAAAAUUCUUAUAUCUAAUGAGGAUGAGAGAGAGACUUCUAGAGAUCUCAAACUUAAAAGAUUACAACCAAAGUGGAGGGAUCCAUCGAUAAUAUACAACUUCUACGGUACACCUCAAAACACCAUGCGACACGGUCGAAGAAAUCCGGCGAACAAUUUUCCCGGUCUGCCAAGCAACCACCUUUAA